AUAUUAAGAGCAACACUUUGAUGGGCGACAACCGUCAUCCUACAGGAGUCGUGUUUGCAGAGAUAGUCAAGGCUAAUAUUCCAGUUCAAAACGGCGUCAUUCACUUAAUUCACAAGCCGCUAAUGAUCGUCGACUUCACUGUCAAACAGUUUAUCGAGUACAAGUACAAGGAUAAGGAAGAUGGCAUACUCAGUAAGUUUUACUGGGCCAUCCAAGACCUCGGAGAUGCUGGACAAGAAUUUCUUCGAACCAUCGAGCGUAGUAAUGAAGUUACCUUGUUCGCUCCAAAUAAUGCCGCUUGGGAUGAUGCAAAUUUAAAGAAUGUAAUGCAAGACCGACAGAGAAUGAAAGAAAUCUUGGAUACGCAUUUAGUUCCCGGGCAAAGUCUAUCGGUUGACAACAUCAUUUCGAGGAAUAGAAAACAGUUGUUCCGUGUUCCAACCCUCGCUAAAAGAAGGAAUUUGUAUUUCAACGUGCUGGCAACGAAAACGGAAAGGAUAUUGACGGUUGAAGGAGGCGGCGUGAACGCGACCGUGGUUCAAGAAAAUUUCGCUGCCACAAAUGGUAUUAUACACAUUAUCGACCGGGUAUUGGGUGUUCCAUACGUCACCAUUUUGGAGAAACUGAAGACAGAUCCGUUGUUAAAUGAUACGUUCUUCUUAGGGAGUCGCCAAGGAUUUAACAGUCAGCUCAACAAAACCGACAAGAAGUUCACCUAUUUUGUUCCAAGAAACAAGGCGUGGUCUGACGCCAAAAUAUCGUUACCGUCAGUAAUAAAGAAGCUCUUUAUGCCCCAAUUUACGUACCAUAGAGGGUUCCUUGAUUUACUUGUGUGA